AUGGCUGGCCCAACAUCAGGUAGUGAUAAGCAAAUCACCAAGGAUGGCCUCACGAUCAACAUUGCUGAUCCACAAGAGCAGUCACACGCUAAGUCUUUCUUGUCCAUCUUUAGAAGGAGGAAGCAAGCCGACCUGGAUGCUACAGCAACCGCAAAGAGCGUCUUCGACGACCCUGUGCUGGCCAAAUACUACCUCCCACAUCCGCAAUAUGAGAAUCUGCACCGAUUCGAUCCCGACUUCCGGUGGACCCAUCGUGAGGAGGUCGCCGUGAAACGCAAGACGGACAUCAAGAUCUUUCUCUGGAUUCUGGUCAUGUUCUUCGGCCUCAACCUUGACCGGGGUAAUCUAGGUAAUGCGUCUGCCGACAACCUUCUGCCAGACCUGCGCAUCAACACCAACGACUACAAUAACGCGCAGAAUAUGUACCGGGUCGGAUUUCUCAUUGCGGAGAUUCCCUCUCAGAUGGUCGGCAAACGACUUGGCCCUGAUCGUUGGAUCCCCGUGCAGAUAAUCCUGUGGAGUCUGGCCUCGGGGGGACAGUUCUUCAUCCACGACCGGGCCGGAUUUUUUGCAUGUCGAUUCUUCCUCGGGUUCUUUAUGGGCGGCUUCAUCCCCGACGCGAUUCUGUACCUAUCCUACUUUUAUAAGAAGACGGAAAUGCCGCUUCGCCUCGCUUUCUUCUGGUUUGUCGAUUCCAUCUCGGGUGUGAUCGCUUCCUUCAUCGCGUAUGGCGUGCUGCACAUGCGCGGCGUGGCCGGACGAGCCGGCUGGCGAUGGCUCUUCCUCAUCGAGGCGCUGAUCAGUCUGGUCAUCGGUCUUCUCAGCUUUCUGUUCCUUGUCCCUGGCCCGACCCAGACAGCCACCUGGUGGAACCCCAAAGGGUAUUUCACCGAGCACGAGGAGAAGAUCAUCGUCAACAGGGUCCUGCGCGACGACCCCUCCAAAGGCGACAUGCAUAACCGACAGGCGCUGAGCAUAGGGAUGCUUUGGCGUAGUCUCAAAGACUACGAUCUCUGGCCUAUCUACAUCAUCGGCAUCCUGUUCGAGAUUCCCACUUCCCCGUCAAAAUCCUACCUGAGCCUCUCGCUCCGGGCCAUUGGCUUCUCGACUUUCCAGACCACCCUGCUGAGUAUCCCCGUCACAGUCUUCGCAUCGCUCAACCUACUUCUGGUCACUGAGCUCACCGAGCGCUUCCACCAGAUUGCAGCCAUUGGCAUCCUCACGCAACUCUGGUCGCUUCCGCUUCUGAUCAUCCUGUACACUUCUGCCAGUAACCUCUCCCACUGGGGCCUCUACGCCGUCACUUUCGUGCUCCUGGGAUGGCCAUCACCGCAUGCAGCACAUGUGGGCUGGUGCUCGCGGCUGAGCAAUGCCGUCCGCACGCGUACGGUCAGCGCAGCGCUGUACAACAUCACCAUCCAGCUGUCUGGGAUCGCCUCAUCGAAUAUCUACCGCGAGGACGAUAAGCCGUACUACCGGCGGGGUAACUCCCAGCUGAUUGCGAUCAAUGUUGCGACGAUUGUAGCGUAUGUGUUGGCCAAGGUGUACUAUGUUGCGAGGAAUCAGUGGAAGAGGCAACGCUGGGAAGCGAUGAGUGAGAGUCAGAAAGCGGAGUAUCUGGAGACUACGACGGAUGAGGGGAAUAAGCGGUUGGAUUUUUUGUUCGAUAGUUAG